AUGAAGUUCCUCAUCCCUCUCCUUGCAGCGGCCUCCCUGGUCACUGCCGACGACAACCCUCUCAAUAGUAUCCCGACCUGCGCUCAAUCCUGCGUUGGGAAAUUCCUGACCGGCAGCAACAUUGCCGGCUGUAGCCUGCUCGACUACAAGUGCGUCUGCAGCAACGAAAGCUUCAUCAACCAGAUUGCCUGCUGCAUCGCCCCCGUGUGCGACGACAAGGGCAAGUCCGAUACUAUUGCUCUUGCCAACAAGCUUUGCAAGGCUUUCGACGUGAAUCUGCCCACCGCCGUCACCUGCAACACCGCCGCGGCUACCUCGACCGGCUCGGCCACCUCGUCCGGUUCUGCCACCUCCGCGUCGGCCGCCACUCCGACCACGAACGGUGCUUCGUCCGGUUCCGCUACCACUGGUGCUACUAACAGUGCUGCCGCCUCGACCUCCUCCUCCAAGGCCGGUGCCGCCCCCACCAAUGUUGCUGGCCUUGUCGGUGCCGCCGCCGUCCUUGCCUUUGCUCUGUAA